CAUUUUCUAUAUAACUCAACUUCUCUUCUUUCGUCUUGGUUACACACGCUUUGACUGUACCCAACUCACGCCUGCUCCCUCUCUCAACCGCUUUCUUCUCUCUCUUCCUCUUCCUUGGUGUUGAACGGGUUUUUGGGUGAAGGAGUAGUGGUGGCUUCCUCUUUUUUGGGAUAAGGAUACAACAGCAUGCGGUGGUGGCUUAGUCUCUCUGUUGAUGUAUACCGCAAAGUGAUUUCCUUGAACCUGUAUUGCAAAGUUAUUCUGUAACUCACAAAUCGCGUGAACAAAACCUUUUCAAUCUUCUCACCCAUUUCUUCCUUGCCUCACAUCAAUGGGAUCCAAUUUUUUUGUUGUUGUUCCUUGUUACGUCCGUCAGAUCAGCUGAAAAAAGCCACUCCAUCUUGUUUCCAGCACUUGUGUUCAUCUCAGUCUAGUUUGAUUAGCUUUUUAACAUUUUAGUUCUCAUUACUUCAUAGCCUUUUCUCUUUAGGAGUUUGUAGACCAGUCAAAUUAGUAAAAUCUUAGUUUUGUGUAUUGUUCAAUUCGUCAAACCGGUUUCACUGGCUUGCGAGGGUUCAGACUUCAGAUUCAUUGUCUCUGGGAACAUCGUUGUUCUUCCAUUUUGAAGGGUUGGAUAAGUAGUUAUGGUGUGCCAAGCAGCGAGUCAAACCAGAUUUCGGGCAUUGAAACAUGAAAAUGGAACUGCAGGGUGCUCCACCAUUAUAGUUAGAGUUAUAGCAUGCUUUCAACCUCUCACUGAUUGCCAGGCUGAAUACUUCCGUCAUUUGCUCAAGCCUGUCACGUAAUAGUUUUUUGCUUUGUUCGUUUUGGGUUAAGCCGGUGGUUUUUGUUAUUUUCCUUGUUGGUGAAAACAUUACCAAUAGUAAAAGAAAUAGCACUUGUGUUUGAAUCGUUUUUCUUCAGGUGAUUGUUGUGGUUGAAUGGGAGAAGAUUGUGGAAAUUGGAUUCCGGAGCUGCAUUUUGAUUGGCAAUCUCCCAAUUUGAGUUCAUUUGAUGCUGCACCCUUUGAUGUGGGGAAGCAAAAUGGUACUUCUGCAGCUAUGAAUCCUGGUACCAACAUGGUCGCAAAAAAUGCUACAAUGCCAGCUUAUGUGUCCUCUGCUCUACCUCAUUCGCAGUUAGGCCAUUCUGGUGAACCUCAUGGUUGGUUUUAUUGUUUGCCUCGCUUUCGACAGGGCUUUACUAUGCCUUCUCGAAACUUCAAUGCAGAGGAAAAACUCCCUGCUGCCAAAGGCUUUACAGGCGAGGAAAUUGUACAGAAUGGGGAACCGGGUUUCCCUCAAAAGCAAUUUCUGGUUAUUGAUCAAACUGGUGAUCAAACAACCCUGGUUUAUAGUUCAGGGUUUGGGGCUUCUAUUGAGUAUAAUUUGAAGAUGCAUGGUUCUAACAAUUUGAACAAUGGAAAUGAGUUACAUUCUUUAAGAAGAGAUGUGAAUCAUGUGGUUGGACUUGGACCAACUUUGGAUGAUAAAGUUGAAGAAAAUCAAGAAACUUAUGAUGACAUUGAAAGUGAGAUGCAUGAAGACACAGAGGAAAUCAAUGCAUUGCUUUACUCUGACAGUGACGGUUAUUCCAGUGAGGAUGAUGAUGAUGAAGUUACUAGCACAGGGCAUUCGCCCAGUACAAUGACCACUCAUGAUAACCAGGAAGAACCUGAUAGGGGUACUGCUGAAGAAGUUGCAAGCUCAAUCGGAGAAUCAAAGAAGCGAAAGCUGUGUUAUGAUGAUGACAUGCAGUUCAUGGACACUGCUAGUUCUCUGAAUGGGAAAAGACCCUUUGAAAUGGAAAAUGAUGCAGAAUCAAGAUGCUCUAAUGGUGGCAACAGUAGCCGAGGGUCAGGUGAAAUGGGUUCGUUGUCAGGUAAUAAAAAGAUGAGAAAGGAGAAAAUCCAAGACGUUCUGAGCAUUCUGCAGUACUUAGUUCCUGGUGGUAAGGACAAGGACCCAAUUGAGCUUCUUGAUGAAGCCAUACGUUGCUUGAAAUCAUUGAAACUCAAGGCUAAAGAACUUGGACUUGAUGCUAUAUAAGUUGAGGAGAAUUCUUAGCCGGCAUCACUUUGUCACUUAUUUAGUACGUUAUCUUUUGUUUGUUUUGGUUUGUUGAAUAAUAAACAAGGUGUGAAGAUUCAGCAAGGGAAGUGGUCAGUGUGAAGUGUGACCCACUUUAAGCCCCUGCUCAAUUAUUAAGUUGGAAGAUAAAAAUGAUCUGGUUUGGUGUGUGAAGAAAGAGCGAGUAUUAUGCCGCAAUAAAGGAAAAAAAAAAAUGAAUGAUUAGUCCAUGUCUUGGGGGUUAGAGAAAGUAGCACUAACGGUGGCAUGGGGUGUGAGUGUGAGCUGUGUUUUGAAUGAGAAGAGUGGUUGUUCCAAAAAGUGGCCAAAAACGAGAGUGCACGCCUCUAGGCUGUUAUGGGGCCCAACCUCACUUCCUCUUUUUGUAACCUUGUCGUGUUCAAUCCUUUGUGGGUUUGCCUUUUCUCUGAUGUAAAAAUUAUCACUAGCUAAGCACCUUCCCUUUUGUGAGAGAGAAAAGAAAAGAUUGUGACAACUUUGGGGGAGGGCCCCCCCUGCUCCUCUAUUUUCUACUUGAAGAAUGCCACAGUAAUGUAACUCGCUUGUGGGAAACACUGAUUUUUGUGUUGUGUUUGUUUAGUGCUAUUGUUGUUAUUAUGGUCUUCCCUCCCUUGGAGGGUGUAUCGUAAUUUGGUCUCAUGUUAGAUAGGGAGGGAGGGAGUGAAGGGUGAUAUCUUGGUCGGAUGUAAUUUAAUGUAGUUGGUGUUACUGUUGUCUUUUAGCCUCUGUAGUUACGUCGCAUGCACGCAUUUAUGAUAUGAGAGUGAUGUGUUUUUUUAAAAUUAAA